AGUUCAGCUAGGAAACACGAUAUUGUGACUGUUAGUUAAAGGCUUUUCAUCCACAGACUCAAUGGACUUUUCACUCCUAUACAUCAUCCUUCUCUGUGCACAAAAAUCAGGGUCCUCACAGAUGAUAAGGCAUAGCACCAAUGAGACAGCCAUCCUGGGAGGAAACGUGACCCUCUUCUGCAACUUCACAAGCCUGGCAAAUGUUGAGCAAAUCACCUGGCAGAAAAUCCGAGGCUCUCUGCCUCAAAAUAUUUGCACUUACAGUCAUAAAUAUGGAGAAAAGAUUCUCCCACCAUAUGUAAUGAGGCUGCAGUGCAAGAUCCUGGAACCCAGUGCCUCCUUCAUGACUAUCCAAGGAGUGACAUUUGAAGAUGAAGCCUGCUACAAGUGUCUGUUUAACAUUUUCCCACAAGGCAGCCACGGAGGACAAACCUGCCUUAACAUUUUAACUGUAUCUGAACUAGUAAUGGAACUCCAGUCUGCUCCUGGCUCUGAAGAUCUUCAUAACCUUCACUGUUCAGCCAUGGGAAAGCCUGCCCCUGGAAUCUCCAUUUACCCUUCACAAGUCUCGGUGCAGCCACCACAAGAGUACUUUGCUCAGAAUGCCAAUGCCACAGUGACUGUCACUAAAAUCUACAGCAUCUCUUUGAAAACUGCGUGGUCCCUGGGUCUCCAGAACCUGGUUGUGUCCAUGACUCACCCUGUAAGAAACGAAGAGAAGAUAGUCCAUCUGCCAGUCAAUGAAGGAGGUACCAUGAAUCCUUGUUUAAACUGGAUGAUAACUGCAACUGCAUUCAUCAUUUUGUUUUUUAUCUCAUGCAUCAUCACUGCUGUCCUCUAUAUUUAUUUCAAAAAGAAAAGGUCAGAGAACACACCCGAGCCAUCAUCAACACAGAUGCCUAACCCACUAUCAACACGGGUACCCACACAACCGUCAACAGAAACUGAGAACUUAAUGAGAUAUCGGCGCCAGACAGAGACAUAAUUGUUUGUAUGUGAUUUUUUUUUUCUAUCAGUACAUGUUUAAAUUUAAGAAGUUUCAAAAAUUUGAACAUGCAUUUGCUAAGCAGCAAUUAUCAUGUUAGAGAUACAUGGAGACAUGAAUUUGCUUCAAGUGAGGUUUUAUUUAUGUUAAUGUCUUU